AUGGCUGAUUACGUCUCCUUCACCAAAACCUACCACAACAAGCCCUACGCGGCAAUUGAUCCCACCCAGCCCAAGCUCAGCGUCUCCGGCAAGUUUGUUGCCAUCACCGGUGGCGGGACUGGCAUCGGCAAGGAAAUCGCCAUCGCCUUUGCGCAGGCGGGCGCUAAAACCAUUGCCAUCCUCGGAAGACGAAUUGAGAAGCUCGAGGCUGCGGCGACCGAGAUUUCUGAAAAGGCCAGCUCCAGUGACACCAAGGUCAUCUUCGAGAGCGCCGAUAUCAGCAAACGCGAGAGCCUCGACGCGGCCGUCGGAAAUCUCAUCGCAAAGGCCGGCGGCGCCAAGAUUGACAUUCUUGUCCACAAUGCGGGCAGCUCCCCCGAGGUCGGCAGCGUGGAGGGCUUCGACGAGGCCACAUUUCGCCACGAGCUGGACAUCAAUGUGCUGGGCGCUUUCAACACGAUUCAGUCCUUUGCGCCCGCCCUGACCGGCCAGGCUCGCCUGUUCAAUGUUUCGUCCGGGAUGGCGCAUAUCGCACCCGUCCCGGGGUUCUGGGUCUACUGCACCGUCAAGGCCGCGGUUGUGAAGAUAUUUGACUUUAUCCAGGUCGAGCAUCCUGAGUGGCAUGUCGUGCAAAUCCAGCCUGGUGUCAUAGCUACGGAUCUCAACACCAGGUUUGAUUUUCCCAAGACAGACGAUCCUAAACUUCCCAGCCAGCUUCUUGUCUGGCUUGCCUCUCCGGAAGCCUCAUUCCUCAAAGGCAAGUUUGUCUGGGCUAACUGGGAUGUGGACGAGCUCAAAGCUCGUGCCGAUGACAUCAAGAACUCUUUGCUUCUGAGAGUCUCUCUUAAUGGAGCUGUGAUGUGA